AUGAAAGCCGAGUCUGGUGAAAGAACUCGACACAAGAAGAAAGCGCAGCCGCUACAUGGAUCAGUAGAACUGUUUUCUGUCUCCAUUCAGGAUUUUUCUGUCCGAUCAGUCGGUCUAGGCCCUCACGAAGUCAAUCCUGACAGACGUUCAUCAUCCAGCAUGGACAAGUCUGCAAUCAUCGAAGCGCCCCUGGAGUCCGCUUACAGCAACGACAGGGCUCCUGGGCAGGUACAGUCACCCCCUUGGUGGAAGAUUGGCGGAAAGGACUACAGCUAUGUUAGCAUAGAUGGAGACGAAACUGUGGUGACCAGUCCGCCAUCAUCAUCUGAGGAGUCUCUCGAUGACACAUUGGUGAGGAAGAGAAACAGCGUCUUUCAAUCUCCAGAAGCUAUUGAAAUCUACAAGCCCGACGAGAGUUAUGAAGGCUUUCAUCGCUUUGACCCGACCUUUGUAUGGACUAAGGAAGAAGAGAAAGCCUUGAUCAAACGGCUGGAUUGGAGAAUUGCCGCUGCUGCGUGUUUGAUGUUCUUCGCAUUGCAACUCGACAGAGGCAACAUUGCUCAGGCACUUUCCGAUAAUAUGCUACCCGACCUUGGCCUAACCACGAACGACUACAACAACGGCAUGACCAUUUUCUACUGCUCGUUUCUGUUUGCUGAGCUGCCAUCCCAGUUGGUCUCGAAGAAGCUCGGCCCUGAUGUGUGGAUUCCAAUUCAGAUGGUUUCUUGGUCGAUCGUCGCUGCCGCUCAAGCAGCAUUGACAGGCAGAUCCAGCUUCUAUAUUUGUCGCUUUCUCCUAGGUCUGAUCGAAGGAGGGUUUAUCCCUGACACUAUCUUGUACUUGAGCUACUUCUACAAGCACUCCGAGCUACCAAGACGACUGAGCUGGUUUUGGACCUCAUACCAAUCGACGCAGAUCAUUAGUGCUUUCCUGGGAUACGGUAUUCUGCACCUCCGCGGCAAAGGCGCCUUGAAUGAAGGAUGGCGAUAUCUCUUCGCUAUUGAAGGAACUCUUACUGGCCUGAUUGGUAUCUGGACAUGGCUAUAUCUUCCUGCGUCCCCAACACAAACUGCUCGAUCUGGUCUGAAGGGCCUUUUCCGUCCCAAGCAAGGAUGGUUCACUGAACGUGAGGAGACGAUCAUGGUAACCCGCAUUCUGCGAGAUGAUCCGGGUAAGGCCAGCAUGCACAAUAGACAGGGUCUCGGCUGGGGUCUCUUUAAGAAAGCUCUUACGGACUACGACUUGUGGCCGAUCUACCUCCUUGGUUUGACUUGGUUGAUCCCGAUGACUCCACCACACGCUUACUUGACACUAACCUGUAAGGCGCUCGGCUUCGACACUUUCGAGACAAACCUUCUCACCAUUCCCGCUUACACUCUAUACAUCCUGCAGCUGCUGUUCUGGACUUGGUAUUCCGAGAAGCUGAACCAACGAUUCCUCGUCGGCCUGAUAUCACAAAUCUGGUCCCUGCCACUCCUGAUCGCACUCGUGACCUUGCCACCCACGUUUCCCAAUUCCAACUGGAUCAAGUGGCUUCUCUCUACUUUGCUCAUCGGCCAUCCUUAUCCACACGCUAUCAUCGUGGCGUUGACUUCGAGAAACUCGGGGUCUGUGGAAACGAGAACUGUGGGCUCCUCCCUAUACAACAUGUCGGUGCAAGCGUCCAACAUCAUCUCCUCACAGAUUUAUCGUGCGGACGAUAGCCCGUACUACUACCGCGGAAAUAAGGUGCUGUUGGGAAUACUGGCAUACAACGUAGUCCUGUUCAUCGGUGCCAAGGCUUAUUACACGCUUCAGAACAUCCGACGAGACAGGAUCUGGAACUCGAUGAGCAGGGAAGGAAGGGUCCAUUACCUCCUCACUACCAAAGACAAGGGCAACAAGAGACUGGAUUUUAGAUUUGGCUCGUAG